AUGACUAACGCAACCAGGAAGCCACAGCAGUCAAGAGGAGUUGCAAUGCGGUUUGCUUCAAGGAAGAAUGGAACAAAGAAGACCGUUUGUCAAAGGAGGGGUAGAGGCGGUGUCAAGGCACGAAAUAUGACCAUGAGGGUCAGAAGACCUCUACAAGGUACCUUCAGAAAGAAAAUCCGAUCAUAUGCUACUCAAUCGACAAAGCUGAAGAAGACAAGAAAAGCAAACUGUUUCUUCUCUUGCUGUGGACGUAAGAAAUCUAAUCGAAGCCCAAAAAGGUACCAAACUGUGAGGCAGAGUCAAGGAAGGAGGCAGAAUCCAAAGAGAAAAUAA